UCGAACUGAAAUCUGUUACACACAUAAGUAGAUGAAACGAAUACAGAGCCAGUAUAUAACAUUAGCCAAAAAACGAACAGAUCCCAGCAGAUCAUCGACCAAAUACGAUAUACGAUAUUCUAGCCAAAGAUAAUUGGUUCGGUUAGAGUCCAAACACUAUUCAAAUAGCUCAAACAAAAUGUCCAAGCGUCAGCGCGAGAAUCCCGAUGUUUCGAGCAGGAAGGCGGCCAAGCUGCGGUUCAAGCAGCUCGUUCGCAAUGUCAUCCUCAACAUGCAGUGGCUGAGCGAUGCCACCGAGGAGACGGGCCUCUCGCUCAAUGUCAAGAAAAAUGUCGCCAUGCUGGUGCGACAGAAGCGCAAGAUCGGCAUGAUGACCAUGGCGGAGAAAUCGCUGCUACGCAUGCCACACAUGGUGCGCACCGUCGAGGAGCGAAAGAAACUCUGCACAAUUGUGGCAAAUCUAGCCUGCUUCUCCAGAUUCAAUCCGAAAUUACGCGCUCGCUUGGUGCCACACCUGAAGUUUAUGGCGCUCACUCCCGGCCGGCAUAUCAUGAAGCAGGGCGAUUUUCCCAUCACAAUCUAUUUCAUAAUCACCGGCGAGGUGGAAAUGUCCAAGAUGGUGCACAACAAGGCUACCAAAUCAUACGAAUCCAUAUCGGAGGCUAUUUUCGGACCCGGCGACUGCAUUGGCGACAUCGAUGUGAUGGAGGAUGCGGCCAGGACGAAUACAUACAUAGCGACAACUAAUUGCGAACUGCUGGCACUCUACGACACCGAGUACUCCACCCUGCUGCAGCCCUACAUGAAAAAGAUGUGGGAGGAGAAGAAGGAGGGCAUACGCGCCAUGGAAUACUUUAAGUUUUUCAGCCCAGAGCAGAUUGUGAGUGCCUGCAAGUUUGCGACCAUUCAGCAGUUCGAUCCACUGGACACCAUCUACGAGGAGGAUCUGGGCUCACUCAGCGUUGUCUACUUUGUGCUCAGCGGCGAGUGUGUGGUGCUGCAGUGCCUCCACAUGAAGGUGAACUACGUGGGCAACGAAAAGAUGUUCGAGCUGGACAGUGUGGGCAGGAAUACCUUUGAUGCACUUCUGACGCAUAAAAAGUCCAAGCACUUUGAUGUCACCGAAUAUUUAAUUUCCACUUCCUCGUCGGAUCAAGAAAAAAAGGACAAAAAGAAAGCAAUGCGGAAAAUGGGUCUAAAGGAAAUCGAGCAAGCGUGCAACGACAUGCGGCGCAGGCCGUUUCCCGCCUCGGUGAUGAGUGAGCGGAAAGUGCUGCGGAAGACACGAUACACACUCUACAAGGGACCCAUCGACGACUACGAGUACUAUGUGAUGGGCGAGGACUAUGGGGAGGACGAGGAGCUGCCGUCGCCAGUGGUCUCCAGUGCGGAGUCGUCCUCCGAUGAGAGCUCCCACGUGCCAAGCAGCGAUGAGGCGGAGGCGGAGAGCGAGUCCGAGGGCUCGGAGGUAUUCACCGCCUCCUCGGAGGAGUCGCAGAGCUCGGCCAAAGAUGCAGCGGAUAGCGAGGCAAAGGACAAAUACGAGACGCACUUCAUUGAUGUGGGAUCGCUGACAUUCGGCGCCAUUUUCGGGCUGGGCGAGAAGAUGCACCAUCGCAACAUAAUGGCCCGCACCACCGUCCAGUGUUUGAUCAUUCCGCGCUUCUGGCUGUUCGAGCCCGCCCAGAAUCCGGGCAACAUCUGGCAGCGACAGCGCUUCUACGUCGAAUCGAAUCUGCCCACCAGGGAGGAUCUGUUCAACGACUUCCUCAAGACGCGCAAAUGGCAAAAGUUUCGCCACAAUUAUGUUCAGAGCAUAUUGAGCAAGAACAGCACCGCCAAUUGGACAAAGCCCGAGGAUGUGCCCAUCAUCGGUCGCAUUAUGGAAACCACCGAGGACUCCUGACUUUUACCACAUUUCCCACAGGUUUUCCAUACACGCAUACAUACAUACUACUCGUAUGUAUAUCUUGUACGCGCACACUGACGCGUACAAUUUGUUGCACAACAUUAAGAACCUUUUGAAAUCAUUUGUUGCUAAAUAAAUAUCUGUGCAUGGCUGGGUACCAAAGCAGAAC